GGAACAUCUCCAGGCCGAAGCUCCCCCUCCACAGUCCAAAUCCCUCCGCACUGAGAAGCGCACCUUCUGCACACCGCUGCGCAAGACUGGCGCUAUGCCCAACUGGGGAGGGGGGAACAGGUGUGGGGCGUGCCAUGGGCCCGUGUACCAUGCCGAGGAGGUGCAGUGCGACGGGGAGAGCUUCCACAAGAGCUGCUUCCUCUGCAUGGUCUGCAGGAAGGGCCUGGACAGCACCACAGUAGCUGUCCACAACAAAGAGAUCUACUGCAAGUCUUGCUAUGGGAAGAAGUACGGGCCCAAAGGCUACGGCUACGGCCAGGGGGCGGGGAUCCUCAACAUGGAUCGAGGAGAGAGGCUUGGCAUCAAACCACAGCAAACCCUGAGCCACUGGCCCACAAGAAAUCCCAAUGCCUCCAAGCUUGCUCAGAAAUUUGGUGGUUCGGAGAAGUGCUCCCGAUGUGGGGAUUCCGUUUAUGCUGCAGAGAAGAUAAUGGGAGCAGGAAAGAAGCCGUGGCAUAAGAACUGCUUCCGUUGUGCCAAGUGCGGGAAGAGCCUGGAGUCCACCACCCAGACGGAGAAGGAUGGGGAGAUUUACUGCAAAGCUUGCUACGCAAAGAACUUUGGACCAAAGGGGUUUGGCUAUGGUCAGGGUGCAGGAGCCCUCAUCCACGCCCGGUGAAAAAGCUGGCUAACGUUGCUACCAAGGCCCUGACUAAUGGCUUGUGCAUUUUGCUGCUGUACAUCCCAUUAAAGAAUUUGCUUUUGAUUGGAAUAUUUUACAGUUAAGUGAGCUUCUUCUAAAGAUACUUGACUGAUUUGCUGAACUGGAAAUUAAUCAACAACGAGUCACUGGUACUGUGAAGAGUAAUAAACUCGGGGCCUCAUUUAAUUUUCCCCUCA